ACAUCCAAUAAACAUAUAUACAUACUGAUCUAUCAAACGUGAACCACUUGGGUGCGAUUUUGGAGCUCCGAUCCUUCCACAGCAAGCAUACCGUCUCUCCUCUCUCUCUCGUCUCUUCGCCGCUAAAAGCUGCAUAUCUCUUCGAUCUGGUCUUAAACUGGUUGACUUCUGUUGCGGUGUUUGGUUUUCCGGAAGCUUUGAUUAGGAAAUGAGUCAAAAGGGUUUGAUAUAUAGCUUUGUUGCGAAAGGAACGGUUGUUCUCGCGGAACAUACGUCUUAUUCGGGUAACUUUAGCACCAUUGCUGUGCAAUGCCUACAGAAGCUACCUUCAAAUAGCAGCAAGUUUACUUAUUCGUGUGACGGUCACACGUUUAACUUCCUUGUUGACACUGGUUUCACAUUUCUUGUGGUUGCUGAUGAGUCCAUGGGAAGGAGUGUUCCUUUCGUGUUUCUUGAACGGGUGAAGGAAGACUUCAAGCAGCGGUAUGGUGCAAGUAUAAAGGAAAAUGAGCCACACCCUCUUGCUGAUGAUGAUGACGAUGAUGAUUUGUUUGAGGAUCGGUUCAGCAUUGCCUACAAUCUAGACAGGGAGUUCGGGCCUAGACUUAAGGAGCACAUGGAGUAUUGUAUAAACCAUCCAGAGGAAAUAAGUAAGCUUACCAAGUUGAAGGCCCAAAUAACCGAUGUCAAGGGGAUCAUGAUGGACAACAUCGAAAAGGUUCUGGACAGGGGAGAGAGGCUCGAACUUCUGGUAGACAAAUCAGAAAACCUGCAGUUCCAGGCGGAUAGCUUCCAGAGGCAAGGAAGGCAGCUGAGGCGGAAGAUGUGGCUGCAGAACCUCCAGAUGAAGCUUAUGGUCGGAGGAGCAGUGUUUUCCUUCAUCAUCGUCGUCUGGGUUAUCGCUUGCGGAGGUUUCAAAUGCUCAUCAUGAUCUGUGUUUUUGUUCUUUCCGAUCUUUGUUUUAUACUCACUGGUCGUGUUUGUACAUGGAUGUCCCCUCCUGUCUGGAGCCAAAGAACAGUUUCUUUCAUCCCCGUAUGCUUGAACGGCUCUGGUGUUUUCUCACUCAGAGGAUACGUAUAUGUUGGUUCUGUGAGUAUCUGGUAAUUUGUAUCUGUGUGAGAUGUAACUGAAGAAGAUGUUGUGGUGCAGAUUUGCAUGUGAUGAAAAUGGUCAAGGUUUUAUAUUUUA